GUCAGUCGCUGCCAUCCUCAAUUUCUGUAAUGUUGGUAGAGAAAAAAAAAUCGUUUCCGCUGAGAUCAGAAAAGGAAACGCUACCAAUAAAAUAAUAUUGGAAUUGUGAUUUUUGAGUGAAUACAAUAAAAUCUAUGUACUUUUCAGUAAAAUGGAUUGGCAAUUAACUUGUCGAGUUUGUUUAGAAACCGGUGAUAUGGUUUCUAUUUUUGAUUGGGACGAAAAUAAUGAACAACUAAGCGACAAAUACACGUUUUGUUGCGGCGUAGAGGUUUCUAAAAACGACACUUUGCCAACACUUAUCUGUUUGAAUUGUGUGGAUCGACUUACAUUUGCAUAUCAAUUUAAGCAACAAUGUUUAUCUUCUAAUGAUACCUUGAAAGAAUGUUUGGAGGAAUUCAAGCAGAGCUCAGCGGCCGCUUCUGCUACAAAAGCCUCGAAAGUUGUCGAUGUUGAAACGAUCACAAUAAAGCAAGAAAAUGGCUUGCUUCUUCAAUAUGAGCUGCCUGUCGAACACGAUCCUCAGGUACAAUGGUCUCGCGCUUCAUCCACCAGGCACUCGAGUAAAUCUAAAAAGAGAGGACGUCCUAGGAAGUAUGUCGAUGAACAAGGGUUGUCAUUGUACCGACGAAAGAAGGCAAAACAGUCUAAAGAAAAAGAUCCUGAAGAGUUGACCACUAUGAUAACCAAUGCUACCAUUGAUAUGAAAGAAGAGCCUGUUGAUGAAGAAGAGCCUUUUGGAGGUGAUUUUGCUGAUAAUGACCCUGAUUAUGCACCAGAUGAUAUUGAUGAAAAAAUUGAAACUGAAGCUGAAGUAGAACCAGAAAAAUCACAGUCUCCACCCAAGAAACGUGGCCGCAGACGUAAGUCAGAGUCUAAAUCAAAGCCCAAAGAGACUGUAAAGGAAGAUGAUGGAGAAGAUGUAUUACUCAAGGAAACGAUCUUGGCAUUCUCAGAGCCCAUACCGGAGCACAUUCUUAAUCCAAAACCGAAGAAGAGAUAUACUAGCUCUAAGAAGAAAUAUGUUUAUGAGAAGACACAUACCUGUGAGACAUGCGGAACAUCGUUCACUUCAAACUCAGCACUGCAAACGCACAUACGAAGACAUUUAGGCAUCAAGCCAUUUGUAUGUAGUGUUUGUGGUUUCGCGUGUGUUAUGAAAGAACCGCUGAAACGUCAUAUGUUACGUCAUACUGGAGAGCGCCCGUACAAAUGCCGAAUAUGUGAACGUCGAUUCGGAGAUUAUGGUACUAGACAAAAACAUGAACGAUUACACAUGGGAAUCCGACCAUACCAAUGUACAUUAUGUGGUAAAUCAUUCACAUACUCUUAUGUUCUGGCUAACCAUAUGCUUACACAUACUGGAGAGAAAAAAUAUUCUUGUGGUCCAUGCAAUAAGAAGUUCACCAAAGCUCACCACCUGAAGUACCAUAACAAAGUCCACCACAAGGAGCUAUAUAUGCAGCAACAGAUGGAGCUUGAGGCCAAGAGAAUGAGACAACAGAUGAACAUAACUAGCCUAGGCGGUGUUGCUGGACAGGUCAUUGAUGGGUCCUUGCAGCUCAUACAAACUACUGAUGAUGCUGAGGAAACCCAGAUGCAAAUUGUGCAAGAUGAUGACAAAGAAACGAAUCGUGCUGUAGCAGGCAUGCAAGGGGUGGUCCUGGAUAAUGAUUUUUGUAUUCAAGAUGAAUAAUUAAAGACCUAAGAUUCAACUUUGGCAUUCCCAAAGAUUAUAUGAAUAUGAACAUUUAACACAUUAUGACUUAAUUUUCCAAAUAGUGUGAUGUUUUCAAUCAAACUGUUCUAGUAAGUGCAAAAGAAAUAUUUUAAUCAAUAAUUCGAAGUGCUAAAAUUCUGACCUGUUAUCCUUUGCCAAUACUUAUGAAGUAAUCUCAUGAAAUACAUCUAAAAACUAAGUUAUUAUAGUUACUAUGUUAAAUCUAAUAAAUUAUGUACAUACUUAUCUAUUGAUGGCGAAAUGAAUAAGGGUACCUAAUAAAGUGUUGAAAAAUAA